AUGCGACUGAUUUUACUAUUGCUACACUUUCCUGUAUGCUUCGGAUUCCACUUUGCGCCGCUGGAUAGAGCACUAAUCAAGCAUGUCACGAGCAGCGAUCGUUUGUCUCACUUUCCGACGUUGCACCGAAAAUGCCGUAGACCUCGCCACCGACAACCUUGUCGACCGCACCAAGCGAUUCCCAUCGCUUCUAUUGGAAUCGAAACGACCAGAGCUUUGUCAGGGCUUGUCGCGUCGUCCAUAGUUGGAUUCAAUUUUGAUCGGAUACUUCCUGAUUCUGGGAUUCUAGUAACUCUUAUUUCAGCGGCACUUAUUUCCAACGUGGGCUUGGCGCCCACGCUUCAUCCACUAUACGAUACGUGCUGGACAACAUUUUUGCCAGGAUCCCUGACCCUGCUUCUACUGUCGAUGCAGAAAAAGACGACAGAAACGUUUGCGAAUGGAGAAUCUAUUUUGACGGUCGUUCGGAGAGUGUCUGUUCCCUUUGCUAUCGCUUCCGUAGCGUCCGUAUUGGGCUGUGCAUUAUCCUUUUGGCUAUGUCUUACUUUUCCAAUGCAUCUUUUACCCAAACAAGAAGCCACUGUAGCAACGGCAUGUCAAGCAGCGUCGUUUGUAGGAGGAUCCGUUAACUUUUUCGCCACCGCAGCGGUUGUUGCCGAUCGAUCAGUGUCUACACUGGUUAGUUCAAUGGCCACCGCAGAUUUGGUAGUAACGGCCAUUUUCUUCGCGAUUUUGAGCACAGCGCUUCAAUCCCCUUCACUGAAACGAAUGUUUUUGAAUGACAACGAGAGAGAAGCCCGAAACUCUGACGUAGAAGACAUAAAUGAGUCCACCAACAAAUCUACCGAUAGCCCCGACCAGCCAACGCCAAGGAAGUCAAUUAAGGACGUUUCUCCAGCGACAAUGCUACGUUUGACGAUAUCAUCAAUUCUGGUUUCGUCUGUAGCACUAGCGAUUGUCCGCUUGGCCGAGCGCUUCGAAGCCGUGGUCUCGAGCAUCAUCCCAGGGACAGCAUGUGCCGCUAUCACAGUUCUCGCUCCGCUUGUUCCGAAAUUUAUGCCUCGCGACCUUUGGCUCUGGAAAGAUAUGCAGCGCGUCGCCGUUCCGCUUUCGCAGUUCUGUUUUUUGUUUUUGUUUGCAUCCAUCGGGAUGUCGGCCGAUUUGACGGCCGCGUUGAUAUCCGGCCCCGCUUGUCUGGUUGUUUCGUUGAGUGCUUUAGUCGUUCAUUUGAUUGGUACACUAUUGGGUUGCUUGAUUUCUCGCCGUUGGUUUCAGUCAGAACUUCGUUUUGAAGAUGUUUUGGUGGCGUCCAAUGCAGCCAUUGGAGGACCGGCGACUGCGGCUGCCUUUUGUGGUCGGAUAGUAGGACCUCGUCAAAAGGCUUUGACCUACGCGGCUACCAUAUGGGGUGUCGUGGGAUACGCUAUUGGCACAACACUUGGAGUAACUUUCUUUCGAAUCGCGCGACAAUUUUUAUAG